AUGGCACUAACGCUGCUUUAUAUUGCGGUCGGACUUGCUAUUACGACAAUCGCAAUUGAAAUAGCGGCAGAUUAUCUUAAAAAGUUGCAUUACUUUGGCAGGAAGAUUGAAAAUGUUGGAAAUGUGGUCAUAUGGUUUGGGGGAAAAAAAUUAACUAUGAAGCAAUUGGUCAAAAAUUUGGGUGAUCAAUUCAAUUUGCCCGUGCAUGCUGUCAAAACACUGGACUUAGACAAAUUUGUUGAUGAUGCUAUUAAAGUAGAAGAAGGCGAGCUUGAAACCUUAAGACCUCCACCUAUAGAACCAAAGGAUCUCUUGGAGGAUGGGACAUUAAAUUUUGCUGACGACGAUGGAACAGAAGGGAAUUUGCAUUGGAUUCGUCAAAGAUCUCCCUCAACAUCGCCAGAACUAGAGAGAAAUCCAACGUUUCAACAAAAUUCGGAGCAUGAUCAAGAAUUUGACCAAGAACACGAAGAACAUGCAACAGAAACGAAGGAAGAAAGUUUGGAUCAUUCAAAAGAUUCUGAAAAUUCUGAAAAGGAAAUGGAGUCUGAAAUUUCUGAAGAGAUUAUAGAUAUUUCAACUCUGUAUUAUGAAGAACCUAAAGAAGACAUGAUUGCAACUAAUUGUGAUAAAGAGUCAUCUCCUUCAGAAGCUGGUGGUAAGAAUUUAUAA